CUGAGUGUGUGUGAGUGUGUGUGUGAAAGAGAAAUCGAGCCUUGUUUACAGCAGCGACGAUUCAGCGGCGGAGCUGCAGAUACACGACUUUCCUGCGCGCUGAUCUGAGAGGAGGAUAAUGAGGAGGAGGAGAUGAGCUGCUUGUAAUGAGAAGAGCGCGAAGGAUAUGACUGCUUUGGAUCUGACAGUGGAAGGCUGAUCGGCUGGGAGAGGGAAAUACAUAAAUAUAGCUCGCUGGGUUUUGUGUGUGUGUGAGGGGGAAAUCGGGUCGCUAGCGUGCUUGCUACUAGCGUAAUUCAAAAUCUCAGUGCGGGCAGACGGAGUGAGGGAGAGCGGGGUGAGAAAACGGGGGACUGCGGUUUGAUUAAGCCGUUUUCCUGCUCUGGAUGAGGGAUGUUUACUUUGUUUUUCGUUUGUUGACUCUCCCUUUCUGUAAGGAGUUUUCCUCGUUCCAUUCAUCCGGUGAAAAGUGAUCACCUUGCUGCCUAUGAAGAUCACCACGCAUCCCCCUCCUUUCGCAUCCACGUCUCACCCAGAUAGCCUAGCUUAGCAUAGCAUCGCUUAGCUUAGCAUAGCUCGGCUUGGCUCGGUUCGGGUCGGCUCAGCUCGGCCGGUGUCUCGCGGAGCUUUUAACGUUAACUAACCAGCUAUUCGGCUCAGCUUUUAGCGCCGAGACUUGCUGCUAAGCUAACGUUAACUAUGGAGUGUGAAGAUGCGGCUUUCCAGCUCGCCCCGCCGUCUUUCUCCAUGCUAUACCCCUCAGCCGGCAUCUUUCAAGGAUAGUAAACGAAGCCGAGCUGCGCUUAAUCGCCUGUUUGUGGUCCAUGCCGAAGAAAAGGCGAGCUAACGUUUGUUUGGCUAGGCUAAGCUAAGCUAGCAAACAGUUUUUAUAUAGCUAGCGGUAGCUAAGCUAGCUCAGCUAUAGCAACAACGGACUCACGAAUUCCUACAGGCUUCAGCAGCAGCGGCUACCAGCGCUCUCUCUGCCUUGGCUUUGCAAAUUGCUAUUUUGUAACGUUAGUUUUGUAAUUGUCUUUUAUUCGCCAAGGGACGCAACUAAAGCUGAGCCAUUCAAGUAACAGACGUGGAAACAAUUUAAACGUUAUUUUUUUGUUUGUUUAAAAGAAAAGCAAAAGGCUGAAGUAGUAGUUAGUUACUAAGCUAACGUUAGUUAACCUAAUGUUUCCCGACCACAACCAGCGAGCCCGUUUCUGAGAGGCCAAAACAAAACAGUCUUCAUUUUCCUUUAUUCCGCCUCACUCCUCUUUUUAUAAUUAGCUAAAUCAAGUGUUUACAGGAAUGAGGUCUUGGAGAGCAAGAAAUCGUUUGACCUUGUUUUGUGGUCUGCUGCUGUCCCUCUCCACUAUUUGCCCGUGGCCCGCAAAUGGAGAAAUCUGUGGUCCAGCCAUUGACAUUGGAAAUGACAUCAGCGAGUUCAAGAAACUGGAGAACUGCACGGUGGUUGAGGGCUACCUGCAGAUACUUCUCAUCGGAAACAAGAUCAACAACAACCAUGAGGUCUUCCGCACCCUCAGUUUCCCCAAGUUGACCAUGAUUACAGACUAUCUUCUCCUCUUCCGUGUUAAUGGUCUGGACAGCUUGAGCACCCUCUUCCCAAACCUGACUGUCAUCCAAGGUCGCAAUCUCUUCUACAACUAUGCCCUAGUCAUAUUCGAGAUGAACAGUUUGAAGGACAUCGGCCUCUACAGCUUACGGAACAUCACUCGAGGCGCAGUACGGAUAGAGAAGAACACGGAGCUCUGUUACUUGGAUUCAGUUGACUGGUCUUUGAUUAUGAAUGCUGAUUUUAACGUCAUUGAUGGAAACAAGAAUCCCAAAGAGUGUGGAGAUGUUUGCCCAGGAAUUGUGGAGAACAACACACCGUGCAUCAAGACCAAAAUCGGCGAGAACACCAGAGACCGCUGCUGGACCUCCAACCAUUGCCAGCAAGUGUGUCCGAAGGAGUGCGGCCAGCGGGCGUGCACUGCCAGUAACGAGUGCUGCCACCCUCAGUGCCUGGGCAGCUGCACAGUGCCGGACAGCGACAGGGCCUGCGCCGCCUGCCAGCAUUACUACCACGAGGGCCGCUGCGUGCCGGACUGCCCCCCUGGCACCUACAAGUUCGAGGGCUGGCGCUGCAUCACCAUGGACCUCUGCUCCAGGGUGCACCUGCCUGACUACGACCGCUUCGUCAUCCACGGUGGAGAGUGCAUGGCAGACUGCCCGCCGGGAUUCACCCGCAAUGAGAGCCAGAGCAUGUUCUGCAGUGCCUGUGAUGGCUUGUGUGACAAAAUCUGUGAUGGAAAAGUAAUCGACUCUGUGGAUUCUGCACAGUCCUUGAAGGGCUGCACUGUUAUCAAAGGCAAUCUUCACAUCAACAUCCGCCGUGGCAAUAACAUAGCAUCCGAGUUGGAGAACUUCCUAGGCCUCAUCAAGACAGUGUCCGGAUAUGUGAGGAUUCGUCAUUCUCACACACUUGGCUCGCUGUCCUUCCUCAAGAGCCUUCGCUUCAUCUAUGGAGAAGAUCUAUAUGACGACAUGUAUGCCUUCUCUGCGGUGGACAACCAGCACCUCCAGUUUCUGUGGGACUGGUCCCAGCACAAUCUGACCAUCGGCAUAGGCAAGCUCUUCUUCCGAUUCAACCACAAACUGUGCAUGUCUGAGAUUCGCAAGAUGUGGAUGAAAACGGGCAUCAAGGAGAAGUUUGUGGAGGAGGAUUUCCGCAACAAUGGAGACCGUGCAAGCUGUGAAAGUAAAAUCCUGAAGUUCAUCAAUAACAGCACUGGGAGCAACAUAAUAACAUUGACAUGGGAGCGAUAUCGACCGCCAGACUACAGAGACCUCGUCAGUUUUGUAGUUUACUACAAAGAAGCGCCUUUUCAGAACAUCACAGAGUUUGAUGGACAAGAUGGCUGUGGGUCCAACAGCUGGAUGACUGUGGAUGUGGACUUGCCCCCGGAGAAAAACAAAAACCCUGGAGUCUACCUGUCUGGCCUCAAGCCCUGGACCCAGUACGCCGUCUUUGUGAAGGCUGUCACAUUGGUGGUGGAGGAUAAAGACAGACACAUUCUUGGGGCCAAGAGUGAGCUGGUGUACAUUCGAACGAAGCCUUCAGCACCCACAAUGCCUGUUGAAGUCCGCGUCUACUCCAACUGGUCCACGAGCCUAGUGGUCCGAUGGUCUCCUCCUGUGUCCCCGAACGGGAAUCACACCUACUAUCUCCUGCGGUGGCAGCAGCAGGGGGAGGACCGGGAACUCUACCAGCACAACUACUGCUCCAAAGAACUCAAACUUCCCAUCAGGAUGUCGGCCACAGGUGUGACGGACAUCUCCGAAGACACCGAUCCCACCAAUCCAGAGUCAGGGGGACGGGAUAUAACCCCUUGCUGUCCGUGUCCAAAAUCUGACAAGGAGCUGAAACGGAUUGAGGAUGACACCUACUACCGCAAAGCAUUCGAGAACUUCCUGCACAACUCUAUCUUCAAACCUAGGCCAUCUAACGAACGUCGGAGGAGAGACCUGUUCGGAGUAGCCAACAGCACGUUCAUCCACGCCCUUCUUGGGAUGAAUGGAAGUUUAGCGGAGGGUAAUUUCUCCCACUCGGAGCAUCCUAGACGGGAGUACCCCUUCCUAGAGAGACAGGUGAAGGAGAGGAGUGCUGAUAUCCAUAACCUGCGGCCCUUCACUGUGUACCGCAUUGACCUGCACUCCUGCAACGAGGAGGUCCAGCAAUGCAGCCCAGCCGCAUUCGUCUUCUCCAGGACCAAACCGGCUGAAAAAGCAGAUGAUAUCCCUGGCCCUGUGACCUGGGAAGGUUUGGAGGACUCUGUGAUUCUAAAAUGGCCAGAGCCAGUCAGACCUAACGGCCUCAUCCUGCUCUACGAGAUCCAGUUUCGUCUGGGCCCUGAGAUGGAGAAGCAUGAGUGUGUGUCCCGUCAGCACUAUAAGGAACACAGAGGUGUGCGGCUCACUAACCUUGGGCCAGGGAACUACUCUGCUCGUGUGCGGGCCACGUCACUGGCUGGUAAUGGAUCAUGGACGGAACCCAUUGCAUUCUACGUGCCACAGCUUGACCGAUACGAGAACUUCCUGUACCUAAUAAUCAUCCCUAUCGCCGCAAUGAUCCUGAUCAUCGUUGGAUUGGCGUUGGUUAUGGUCAAUAAGAAAAGGAAGAACGACAGGCUUGGAAACGGAGUUCUGUAUGCAUCAGUCAACCCUGAGUACUUCAGUGCGGCUGAAAUGUACGUACCUGAUGAGUGGGAGGUGGCCCGAGAGAAAAUCACCAUGUGUAGAGAACUGGGCCAGGGCUCGUUCGGUAUGGUAUAUGAGGGCAUCGCUAAAGGCGUUGUGAAGGACGAGCCUGAAACCAGGGUUGCAAUCAAAACGGUCAACGAGUCGGCCAGCAUGCACGAGCGCAUCGAGUUCCUCAAUGAAGCUUCCGUUAUGAAGGAGUUUAACUGUCACCAUGUGGUGCGUCUGCUGGGCGUGGUUUCGCAGGGACAGCCCACUCUUGUGAUCAUGGAGCUUAUGACACGUGGAGAUCUAAAGAGUUAUCUACGAACACUACGAUCCAAAGAGAGUACAUCCAGCCUGCCUUUGCCGCCGCUAAAGAAGAUGAUUCAGAUGGCUGGAGAGAUAGCAGACGGCAUGGCAUACCUCAACGCUAACAAGUUUGUCCACCGAGACUUGGCAGCCAGGAACUGCAUGGUGGCUGAGGACUUCACCGUUAAAAUCGGAGAUUUUGGCAUGACGCGGGACAUUUACGAGACCGAUUACUACAGAAAGGGUGGGAAGGGCCUGCUGCCUGUGCGCUGGAUGUCUCCUGAAUCCCUCAAAGACGGAGUCUUCACCACAAUGUCUGACGUGUGGUCCUUUGGGGUGGUGUUAUGGGAGAUUGCCACCUUGGCAGAGCAGCCCUAUCAGGGCAUGUCCAACGAGCAGGUAUUGCGCUUCGUCAUGGAGGGAGGCCUGCUGGACAAGCCUGACAACUGCCCAGAUAUGCUGUUCGAGCUGAUGCGCAUGUGUUGGCAGUACAACCCCAAGAUGCGGCCGUCCUUUUUGGAGAUCAUCAGCAGCAUCAAAGAGGACCUGGAGCCGCCCUUCCGGGAGGUCAGCUUCUUCUACAGCGAGGAGAACAAGCCGCCCGACACCGAGGAGCUGGACAUGGAGAAGGUGGGCACCAUGGAGAACGUUCCUCUGGAGCCUUCCACCAGCCUGCAGCCGCUCACGCCUGCUUCAGCCUCGCCCCAACAGCAGGGCGCCCAGGCCCAGGGCUCAGCCGUCCCGGGACCUUCGUCGCCCCCUCCCUCGUCCCCGGGUUUGUCGGGGCUGGACAAGCGCUCGGGCUCAGGCUCGGGCUCGGUUUCCUCGGCUAACGGACCGGCCGUGAUGCUGCGGAGUCCGUUUGACGAGAGCCAGCCUUACGCACACAUGAACGGCAGCCGUAAAAACGAGCGUGCCUUGCCCUUGCCCCAAUCGUCAGCGUGCUGAUCCACACCCACCAUCCCCUUGAUCCCCAUUUCACCCCUCAGUUAUCUUUCCUAGGUCACAUUGAGCCUCUCACUCUUCCUCUUUCUCUCUCUUUAUGCCUGGAGCACUGGAGAGACACACCCGCUUUAAUAUGUCUGCCCAAUUGCACUGUUCCUUCUGGAGCGGAAUGGCCAGACAUGGAAGUGGGCGGAGCUUUCUGGUUUGCGGAAAGAACAAAAAAAAAAAAACAUCAACAGGUAUAAAAAGUGUCCAGGCUGUCAACCUUUGAUCAUACCUCAAUGGAUGCUGUUUUUUUUUUUUAAGUUUUGUUUUUUUUCUUUAUAUAUAUUUCUUACCUGCAUUGACACGAAGGCAGGUGGCGCAAAACCUCCAGAAGUAAGGAGAAGUGCUGUAGAAGUACGGGCGAACCAGAACACUGACUGAAAAAGGAAAAAAGAUUUAAAAAAAGACAUUAAUAUGAACUUCCAAGGAGUUCACACUCCCUCCACACUCUGACAGCUGAACUGCUUUUAUACUGUUUUUUGUUACUUUUAUAAAUUUCCAAAUAGGGGAUACAAAAAAAUGAAAGAGUUUCGAAGCCUAAAUGAAAACGGUCGUUGGUGAGGUGGCAUUAUUGUACCGCAAAAACAAUGGUGAAAUGGCAAAAAACGGAGCAUAUCUUUAAGCAAGUCCAACAGAGAAGCACUUGGGGGAGGGUUUUGCAGUUUUGGGGGUGGAGUAAAGGCUGGGAUUGGGAUGAAGGGGAGGGGACGGGGGGUGCUCAUGUCUUUGUUUUUGUUUCAUGUGUCCGAAGACGUGCUGUGUACAGUCAGUGCAUGGCAGCUCUGAAAAGAGUGCCACAGAGGGGUUCAAGAAUAAGUCUGCAUCAUGGUCAUAUGUGCUCCUAUGUACCUCUCUGUACCUGUACCCUCUUUGGAACAGCACAGAUGGCAGUGGCUCCUCAGCUAAAUCACAGCUUAAAGGGGGGAUUCUAUAUAGAGGCAGAGCUGGCUGGGCGAGGAGAAUUCAAACCCCACACACUGUUGGAAUUAUUAUCCUAGCGGAUAUGUUAAAAAAAAAAAAAAGGCAGAAAAAGUCUCAAACCUGCCUUUUCUUUUUUUUUUUUUUUUUGCCAAAUGGUUUAAAAUGGUUUAUUUUUCUCAGCUCUUUUGUGUUCUUUAAACGAAAGAGCGUCAAAGCAAAAUGCAACACUCCACAUUUUUUUUCUUUCUUUUUUUACACUGGUGUACAUAUAUAAAUAUAUAUAUAAAUAAUUUCUUUUCCAGCUCUUCUUGUGCUUAACAGUUACAAUCAGUAGAGAGGUAUUUCAGCGUUUCACCGAAUUUGCCUCCUCUUUAUUUUCUUGACCAGAUGUCUGUCUUUUUACAUUCGAUUCUACUGCAAGACUUCCAUUGGGUGAGCUAAACGCGUCCGGGCAGAAGUGACAAAGUGCUGUUAACAGAGAUGCAAAAAUAAUCAACAAAUAAAUCAAAGGAGCACCUAGGAAGGAUAAUAAGACGAAUGCAACGACCACAUAGGGAGUAAAGAAAGAAUAAAAACCCUCAGAAGAGAUUAGCAUGGGAAAGGAAACGGUUAAAAGGAACAGAGGUAUGAGUACUUCGUUUUUCAGUCGUCGAACGAGGCAGAGCAGGUAUUUUUCUAGUCCCACCACAUUUCCCCACCACCUUUCAAUUCAUUCAGUCAUCUCUCGAUUGGUCUUUCAGUUGUAUGUCGGACCACGGAGCGUACACAUCAUUUUGUUCGUGUCACUUUUGUACCUUUUUUACAGUUCAGAUGAACACCUGUAUGUCUGUACUGAAAGAAGCUGCUAUUUUAUUCUCAUUUUUCUUUUGUGGUUGUAAUAUAUAUAUCUAUAUGUAAAAGAGAUCCUUAGGGUUGAAUCCUUUACUGUGUCCACUACAGUCCAUUUUCUUAUGCUUGUACUUUUGCAGAUAAAAAUAUAUACUAUUUAUAAUUUGUGCCCCUAUGUGGAACGAUUUUUCUUUUUUCACCUUUAUCUCUCCCAUUACCACCCCGUUACCAAGUGGAUGCAUUUUCAAAUUUUUGAAAGAAAAAUCUUAUAUGCCUUUUUUUUUUAAAUGUGUUUUUUUUUUUCAGGGGAAAACUUACAGAUUGAUGUUCGUCGUUUAUGUCAUGUUACAUUCAUGGUGGCACCGUGUGAACUUUUGAACACCUAUCAGCAGUCAAGCAUCACUGUGUCUUACAUAACAUCAAGGCGCAACCAAAAUAUCAGGUCAAAUUUUAUUGAGACUCUAUUUUCCAUUAGUCCAAACCCUCCUUACCCAGUUAGCCAGUUACUUUAGCCUUUCCUGGCAUAGGCUGCCUGUGAAGGCGUCUUAACUUUAAUGCUGCUUUUGAUUAAAUCUAUCAUAAGAUGUACCAUAGUCACACAUCAUUCUGUAAUCGACAGUGUGCACAUAAAAGAGACUCCAGGCCUGAGCUGUUUUUUUUUUGUAGGGGGAAAACAAUGUAUGACACUACUGUGAUUUGCCUUGUAUAUUGCGUUGCAUACACAUUAAAUGGUGUAAAAAAAAAACACCAGCUGCUCAGAUUAUAUACCCCUAAAAAAAUAUCUUUAAUAGUUUAUUAAUGAUGGCAGUGGUUCUAUAUAGAACCAUUACAAGUUGCUCUAAAAGCUGCUUUAAAAGGGUUCUUGGCCAUAUUUUCUCUGGGUGAGUAAAUGGGGCGAUCUCCCAACACGGCUCCCUUUGUGUUUCUGGCUGACAACGGCGACUGCUGGCUGAUGAAUCAGAUCCGGGAUCCAGUCAUUCCUCUGAGUGAUGUAUUGGCACCAAUUAGAAAAAAGAGGCAGGAACAGACUUCACAUGUAUCAGAGGAGGCAUGCGCUUGUCCUGAUCCUUCUCCUGUCAGGAGCAUUGCAAGUGAUUAGGAGGAGUCCUAUUAAGUGGGUAGAUUAAUGGGUAAAAAUGUUAAAACAUGGCUAUGUGCUUAGACCUGGAGUUUCUCAUAUGAGCUGAUAUGUUUUAAACUAAAAACGAUCCCUUGUGUCUCCAGUUUCUGUUUUGGGCUGACACUGCCACCACAACCGCAUCCACCACAACCACACUGAUCUUGACCAGUUUUAAAAUCAGUGGCUCGCCACCUAACCUAAAGAAAAGCAUACGAUUUGGCUGGCAUAUCUAUGCAGAUGUAGUGUUAACAUGUAUGACACUAUAUGGAACAGUCGUUACAUUAUUGGUACGUUAAAAAAAAUAAUAAUCAAAGGUCACUUUCGUACAUUUCACUUUCAAUUAAAGAGGUUUAUCAUCUUUGCCAGUUUUUUGUUUGUUCUGAAGGAUUGUUUCACUACUUCUUUCCCUCUUCUCCCUUUUAUUUGCAUUAUUUAUUUUUUGAUUUGAUCUUUUUGUGAUGUGUUUAAAAUCACUGUACAAAACCCCCUUUGAUUAAGUGUAACAUUUGAGAUAUUUUUAUAUAUUUUUUUCAUGACUUUGGGACUUUUUUUUUUCUUCUUUGUUUGUUUGUUUCUCCUUCAAGCAUUUAUCUACCUCACCCUUUUUUAUGAGUAUAUAUGUACCUGUAUAUACAGAAAAUACGUACAUCUGUCCCCUUGUCCUACCCCCCCACCCCACCCCACAAUACACACUCUUACACACACACAGAAAAAGGACAAUGUUACUGCUCUGUUUAUCUGGGUUAACCUCAAAAAAUACAAAAACACUAUAAACCACCACAAAAGCUGGCAUUUUAUUGCUGCUGGUGUUGUGGGUGUUUGUAUAAACUGGCUGCUUUUUUACUUCCCUGUAAGAGAAUAUAAGAUUUUCCCAUUGGUUGAUUUUUAUUUAUUUGUGAGUUGUUGUUUUUUUUGAGAACACAAAAAAAGUACAGGCCUUAUGAGUUUGGCUUCAAAUGUGCUGGAAUUUUGCUAACGUUGGUUAAUUUAUGCCUCUUUUUCUUCUUAAAAAAAAUGGUACGCAAAGCUUAAAAUAGUCAAAUCGGGACGUCCCGAGUUACAGAGUCGCAGAGUCGAAGUGAAGCAGUCUUUUAUUGGUGUUUAAAUUUUUCCCCCAAUGUUCAAUCAUACAGCAAGUUACUCCUCUUUUUCUAGCUUUGUUUUCAUUGUACGUUCAUUUCUGACUGUUGUGUUCUCUGAAAUCCAGACAUGAAUUGAUUAUGAUAUAAAAAAAAUGAAAAAAAAAAAAAAAAAACUCUUCUGGUGCAAAUUGCAACAAACGCUGUUGACUGUAUUUUGGUGGCCUGCGGUUCGGUGCUGUUUGUCAGGUGUGUGGAAUGUAUGUUCUGGUGAGAUUUCAGUGAUGUUUCUGACAGUUUGUCCUGGACUUUCAAAAAGCUGAACCACUUUCAAAAAAUUCAGAUUCAAUGGAUGGACAGGUGUUUGCAGUUAUUCUAAAUGAACUGUUCACUGUAACUGAAAUUAAAAGACAUAAGUUCCCCAUGUUCUGUUACAUGAUGCAGCAGCUAACAAUCAGAAUGAUAGGGCUUGUUUAAGAAAAGAAAAAAGAGAGAAUAUACAAACAGGUUUGGGAACAGGUGGUCCGGAAGUGGGCAUCACCUUAUUAUUAUUUUUUUAAUUAAAUAUAUAUAAAGCCA